AUGUCAGCCAAGGUUCUCGCCGAUAAGGACGUCAACGCUCCCAUGACUGAGCAGCCAAUGGGCAAGGACGUUAAGAGCAUGGAGUACCAUCGCCAGGUCCUUCAGUCCAAGAUGGCUGAGGAAGAUACCGCCAACACCUACGUAUCGCCUUCAGACAACAUCAUGAGCCCUUGCUCUGCUAAGAUCAACACUCUACGAAACAAGCACGCUAGCAAAGCCAAGCCCAAGACGCUGUUCGCACAAGCGAGUGCUAAGAAACUCCAAGGCGACAACCCCUUUGGCGCAAAGCCAGCACCUGCCAAGGCCUCUUUCCAGUUAUAA